UGAACGGAUUAUCACUCCCCGCCUGGCCCUGACUGCUGCCGAGUUCCUGGCCUAUCAAUGUGAGAAACAUGUCCUGGUCAUCCUGACGGAUAUGAGCUCAUAUGCUGAGGCCCUACGUGAGGUAUCCGCAGCUCGUGAGGAGGUUCCUGGCAGACGGGGGUUCCCUGGCUACAUGUACACGGAUUUGGCCACGAUCUAUGAGCGAGCUGGGCGAGUGGAGGGCAGGAAUGGCUCGAUCACACAAAUCCCCAUCCUCACCAUGCCCAAUGAUGAUCUACCCACCAAUUAAUGUGCUGCCCUCUCUGUCCCGCCUGAUGAAAUCAGCCAUUGGAGAGGGGAUGACUCGCAAAGACCACGCCGAUGUGUCCAAUCAGCUGUAUGCCUGCUAUGCUAUUGGGAAAGAUGUUCAAGCUAUGAAGGCUGUGGUGGGUGAAGAGGCUUUGACCUCUGAUGACCUCCUGUACCUGGAAUUUCUGCAGAAGUUUGAGAAGAAUUUCAUUGCCCAAGGUCCCUACGAGAACAGAUCAAUCUUCGAUUCCCUGGACAUUGGGUGGCAACUGCUACGAAUUUUCCCGAAGGAGAUGCUGAAGAGGAUUCCGGGGAACGUUGUGUCUGAGUUUUAUCCGCGGGAAUCCCGGGAGAACAAGGAGGAAACUGGCACUCACCUGUGAGAACCCUGAUCCUACCCCCCAACGAACAAUGUGCCCCCUCAGCCCCCUCCCCUCACUCCCAUGCACUGAGCCCUGACUCUCACACCACGCCCUCUCUCUUUCAUACACUC